UGUGUCUAUAGAGACACAGACAGGAGAGCUGAGAAGGAAGCACUGACCUUGACCAAGAACUUUAAAUAAAAGAGGAAAAAUGGGACGGGGAAAAGGGAAUGACAAGUACAAAGUUGCAGAAAAGGAUGAAGACAAAAAAGAGGCAAAAGAGAAGGACAUGGAUAAUCUGAAGAAAGAACUGGAUUUGGAUGAUCACAAAUUGACUGUAGACGAACUCCAGCGAAAAUAUGGCACGGAUCCUGUCAGAGGCUUGUCCAGUUCCCGUGCAAAGGAGAUCCUUGAUCGUGACGGACCCAAUGCCCUAACCCCACCCCCAACUACUCCAGAAUGGGUCAAGUUCUGCAGACAGCUCUUUGGUGGAUUCUGUACACUACUGUGGAUUGGAUCUUUGCUUUGUUUUAUAGCAUUCACAGUACAAGUUACUACAGAAAGUGAUCCAACAAAUGACAACUUGUACCUGGGUAUCGUUCUUGCAUCUGUGGUGUUGAUCACAGGUUGCUUCUCAUACUAUCAAGAAGCCAAAAGCUCAAAGAUCAUGGAAUCUUUCAAGAACCUUGUUCCACAGCAUGCACUGGUCAUUCGUGAUGGAGAAAAGAAGAGCAUUAAAGCCGAGGAAGUGGUUGCUGGUGAUCUUGUGGAGAUCAAAAGUGGUGACCGCAUCCCUGCUGAUUUACGCAUCAUCUCUGCGCACGGAUGCAAGGUAGACAACUCUUCCCUUACUGGAGAAUCAGAGCCUCAGCCUCGUACUCCUGAGUUUUCCCAUGACAAUCCACUGGAGACAAGAAAUAUUGUGUUCUUUUCGACAAACUGUGUUGAAGGUUCAGCCUCAGGUAUUGUUAUCAACACUGGCGAUCGCACUGUGAUGGGUCGAAUUGCAACGCUUGCAUCAAGUCUUGAGGUUGGAAAGACUCCAAUUGCCAUAGAGAUUGAGCACUUCAUCCACAUUAUCACUACUGUAGCUGUUUUCCUCGGUGUCACAUUCUGCACCCUGUCCCUCAUCCUUGGAUAUGGCUGGCUGGAAGCUGUCAUUUUCCUUAUUGGUAUCAUUGUUGCCAAUGUGCCUGAGGGUCUACUUGCUACCGUCACUGUGUGUCUGACUCUGACUGCCAAACGAAUGGCCAAGAAGAACUGCCUAGUGAAGAAUCUUGAAGCUGUAGAGACACUUGGCUCCACCUCCACCAUUUGCUCUGACAAGACCGGAACCCUGACCCAGAACCGUAUGACUGUAGCUCACAUGUGGUUUGACAACCAGAUCCAUGAAGCUGACACCACAGAGAACCAGAGUGGAACCUCUUUUGACAGAAGCUCUGCCACAUGGUCAGCACUUGCUCGUGUGGCUGGCCUGUGCAACCGUGCUGUCUUCCUCGCCGAUCAGUCCAAUGUUCCAAUCCUCAAGAGAAAUACUGCUGGUGAUGCCUCAGAGUCUGCUCUCCUGAAGUGUAUCGAACUCUGCUGUGGUUCAGUGAAGGAUCUGAGAGACAAACACCCAAAGGUGGCUGAGAUCCCCUUCAACUCUACUAAUAAAUACCAGCUCUCAAUCCACAAGAACCCAAAUCCUUCCGAAUCGAAGCACCUACUAUUAAUGAAAGGAGCACCUGAGAGGAUUCUGGACAGAUGUUCAAGUAUUUUGCUUCAAGGAAAAGAGGAGCCCUUGGAUGAUGAAAUGAAGGAUGCUUUCCAGAACGCUUAUAUGAAAUUAGGAGGUCUUGGAGAAAGAGUUCUUGGUUUCUGCCAUUAUGUUCUUCCUGAUGAUCAGUUCCCUGAGGGCUUUGCAUUUGACACUGAGGAGGUUAACUUUCCUACUGAAAACUUGUGCUUUGUUGGUCUCAUGUCCAUGAUUGAUCCUCCUCGUGCUGCUGUACCAGAUGCAGUAGCCAAGUGUAGAAGUGCUGGAAUCAAGGUUAUAAUGGUCACGGGUGAUCAUCCAAUCACAGCCAAAGCCAUUGCUAAGGGAGUGGGUAUCAUCUCUGAGGGCAACGAGACUGUAGAAGACAUUGCUGCUCGUCUAAAUAUUCCUAUUGGAGAUGUGGAUCCUAGAGAAGCAAAGGCCUGUGUUGUUCAUGGUGGAGAGUUGAAGGACAUGACACCAGAACAACUGGAUGAUAUCCUGAAACACCAUACUGAAAUUGUAUUUGCAAGAACCUCUCCACAGCAAAAACUCAUCAUUGUGGAAGGCUGCCAGCGACAGGGCGCCAUUGUGGCUGUGACUGGCGAUGGUGUGAAUGAUUCUCCUGCUCUGAAGAAGGCUGACAUUGGUGUAGCUAUGGGUAUUGCUGGAUCUGAUGUCUCCAAACAGGCUGCUGACAUGAUCCUCUUGGAUGAUAACUUUGCCUCUAUUGUGACUGGAGUAGAAGAAGGUCGUCUUAUAUUUGACAACUUGAAGAAAUCCAUCGCGUACACCCUGACCAGUAAAAUCCCGGAGAUGUCGCCCUUCCUCUUCUUCGUCAUUGCUGGCAUCCCUCUUGCUCUGGGCACUGUUACUAUUCUAUGUAUUGACCUAGGAACAGACAUGGUACCUGCUAUUUCUUUUGCAUAUGAGCCUGCAGAGAGUGAUAUCAUGAAGAGGCAACCCAGAAAUGCCCAAACAGAUAAACUUGUGAACCAAAGGCUCAUCAGCAUGGCUUAUGGGCAGAUCGGAAUGAUGCAAGCAGCAGCAGGGUUCUUCACCUACUUUGUGGUCCUUUCUGAGAAUGGAUUCAUGCCAUUUUUUCUGAUAGGACUACGCAUUAGCUGGGAUGAUAAGAAUUGCAAUGACCUGGAGGACAGCUACGGCCAGCAAUGGACGUAUGAGAGCAGAAAAGUACUGGAGCACACAUGCCACACUGCGUACUUCGUCAGCAUUGUGAUAGUGCAGGUGGCCGACACUAUCAUCUGUAAGACCAGGGUCAAUUCCAUUGUACAACAGGGAAUGAGCAGGAACAAAGUCCUCAUCUUUGGCCUUUUUGAAGAGGCAGGACUUGCACUCUUCCUGUCCUACUGCCCAGGCAUGGAUGUUGCGCUUAGAAUGUAUCCACUCAAAGCUUGGUGGUUAAUGUGUGCUGUACCAUAUGCACUCCUCAUCUUUUUCUAUGAUGAGGCAAGAAGAUACCUUCUAAGGAGAAACCCAGGAGGCUGGGUGGAGAAAGAGACAUAUUAUUGAAAAAAGUAAAUCCACCCAACAGCAAUUUGCCACCUGCUCCUGCCAAACAUUAUUCUCCAUACAUAUAUGGACAUUUCUUGUGAUAUUCUCAAAAAGAUACAUGACUGCAGCCAUAUACAUGGCAUAUGAAUAUAUUAUUAUUUGUAUUUAUUUAUUAUUACUAAAUAAAUACAAUAUGUCACCUAAGCUAUGAAA